AUGCCUGUGGAAACACCAUCAGUCAGAAACACGUCUACAGUUGGUCGCUUCCCAUCAGUCACACUGGGAUUGGGGAAAGAUGAGGAGCCAGAGAAGAACACGGAAGAAGGGGGGUGUCGACAAUGGUUACGUAAGAUCUGUCCUUGUUGCUGUCAAAGACCGAGCAAAGAUGAUGACAUCGCAGAUAAGGUUGUCACAGGGAUCGAUGAUGUAGACAAGCUUGUGGGGAAUGGUGACAAGCCAGUCACUAAUGGAAGUAACCUUGAAGAGCUGUUGUUGAUGGUGCGGUCCAUAGACCUGAUGAAAAAAAAGAAAGGUCAGAACCGCAUGGAGCAUCACACAGACCGUUACUACGGUGAUGGCCUCAUCAUCCGCAGGGGUCAGAUCUUCAUGAUGUGGCUUGACCUCUCGCGACCUUACAAUUCCAACACGGAGAAACUCCACCUGGAGCUUAGGACAGGACCUUUGCCUACAGUGGCAAAGGGCACCCAUGUCAUCAUUCCAUUGGUUGAGGAGCUGGAGGAUGACCGUUGGGAGGCCAAGAUUGUGCAACGGGACGGCAACAGGCUCAAGCUGUCCAUCAACUCCCCGCCCACAGCCGUGAUUGGCCGAUACCAGCUCACCGUGGCAACGCAAAGCCCAAAGGGGGAGGCCACAUCUACACAUGACCCUGGGAAUGACAUCUGCAUGCUGUUUAACCCCUGGUGUAAAGAUGACACAGUGUACAUGGACAAUGGCGAUGAGAAGAACGAGUAUAUCCUGAAUGAUGUUGGAAGGCUCUACUACGGCACAGAGAACCAGAUUGGUUCAAGAACGUGGAACUAUGGACAGUUUGACAAGGGGAUCCUGGAUGCCUGUCUUUAUGCUUUGGAGAAGAGUGCGACCCCCCCCUCAGGCUGGGGAGACUCUGUCAACGUGGUGAGAGUCAUUUCAGCCAUGAUCAACUCCCCAGAUGACUGUGGGAUCCUGGAGGGGAACUGGUCAGGGAACUAUGUGGGCGGGACUUCCCCUACAUCCUGGAGUGGCAGUGUUGACAUCCUGAAAAUGUACCAUAAGGACGGAGGUGCACCGGUCAGAUAUGGCCAGUGCUGGGUCUUCUCUGGGGUCACCACCACAGUGUUGAGGUGUUUGGGCAUUCCCUCCCGUAGUGUGUCCAACUUCAACUCCGCCCACGACACAGAUGUCUCCUUGACAACAGAUGUGUACUUCGAUGAGAAGUUGGAGUCUAUAGAUCACCUCAACUCUGACUCCAUCUGGAACUUCCAUGUGUGGAACGACUGUUGGAUGGCUCGUCCAGACUUGCCACCUGGUUAUGGCGGCUGGCAGGUAGUAGACUCCACCCCCCAGGAGACCAGUCAGGGCACAUACCGCUGUGGCCCCGCCUCCGUCAAUGCCAUCCGUAACGGACAAGUGUUCCUGAAGCAUGACUCACCAUUCGUCUUUGCCGAGGUGAACAGUGAUAAGAUCUACUGGCAGAGGAACCUGGAUGGCACCUUCACCCAGAUCCACAGUGAGAAAAAUGCAGUGGGCCACUGUAUCAGCACCAAGGCUGUGGGCUCCGAUGAACGCAAUGACAUCACAGACCUUUACAAGCACCCAGAAGGCACAGAGGAGGAACGCAUUGCUGUGGAGACUGCAAGUCGCUAUGGCUCCAAACCAGAUGCCUACUCCUCUCCCAUCGCUCAGGAUGUAUCCAUAGAGGUGACCAUGGAUGGGGAGGGGCCACGCAUGGGGGGAGAUGCAGAACUGACCAUUGUCAUGCGCAACACUAGUUCUCUACCACGCACUAUCAACCUCCACAGCCAGGUGGCAGUCAUGUACUACACUGGUGUGGUCAAGGCUACUGUCAAGAAGGACCAAAUUCCUGUGGAGCUGCUACCCAAUGAAGUGAAGAACCUGGAGUGGAUCCUUCAGUACCAGAACUACCAGGACCAGCUUGUGGACCAGGCUGCUCUGAUGCUGACCCUGUCGGGCAGGGUCAGUGAGACACAGCAGGUUCUGGCAACUCAGUUCAGCUUCCGCCUCCGCACCCCUGACCUCAUCAUUAAGCCAGUAGGGGAGGCUGUGGUGGGGGAAAAGAUGGCGGCUGAGAUCUCCUUCACCAACCCUCUGCCAUGCACACUGAAGGGAGUGGUGUUCCGUGUAGAGGGGCUGGGCCUGCAGAGUGUUCGACAGAUCACUGUUGGUGACGUGGCCAGUCGCGCCACUGUGGUUCAGACGGAGGUCUUUGUCCCCACCCUGCCUGGACCCAGGAAACUGUUGGCUUCACUGGACUGUAAACAGCUCACACAGGUUCAUGGUGUUGCUGACAUCAACGUGAAGGAGAAAUAAGUC